CCACAAAGUCAAAAGCAACACAAAGACACGCAGCAGCGGACCUCGCCCGGCUGCAGACGGCUUCGAGGACCCCGAAGAUGCUGCACCCGGAAGGACCGGAGUAUGGCCCGGCCAGCCUAACCAGUCUCUUCCGGGAACAUCGACUUACCGACACGUUAUCAGCCGAAAGACUUGAGGAAACCACAGGAGAUUUGACUUUAUUGGAUGGAUUUUUUAUGAAUUUAACGAAAUUGGAAGCUUUCGAGAUGACAAAUAAUGGACUAGUCACAUUACCGGAAGAUCUCUUUUGGGGAUUAUCUUCGCUGAAUGUGAUUAUGUUGAGCGACAAUUACCUGCAAAGUUUGCCCGUAAAAAUAUUCCAGGAUUUGGCACAGUUAAAAAAGUUAUCAUUGAAUUCCAAUAAUCUAGAAGUUUUGCCUGAUUAUAUUUUCUUAAAUACUAGUCGAUUAAGAAAAUUGAAUUUGUCAAAUAAUCGCAUCACUUCUAUUUUCGAACAACUAUUUGUUGGAUUAGAAUCGUUGGAAGAACUAAAUAUGGAACGAAAUCGUCUAAAAAUUGUUUCCGAUUAUAGUUUUAAUUUUUUAAAAAAUUUGAAGAUUAUCAAAUUGUCUCAUAAUAAUCUUACAUUACAAUCUAAGUUGUCCGAUUAUUUCUAUGCCGGAUCGUCAUCGUCUUUCUAUAAUUGCACUUGGCUGAAAGAAUUAUAUUUAGCUAACAAUAGCAUUUCGAAAAUAUUUGGAGAUGGGAUUAUUAACCACGAUAAACUUCACAUACUGGAUCUUAGCUAUAACAAUAUAUCUUCUAUAAAAACAGAAGAUUUACUGUUUUCAUCGAACGAUAUUAUAGUGGAUUUGACUUAUAAUAAGAUACAGCAUAUUUUUUUACACGAUGCCAAAAAUAUCACAAAAGUCGAAAGCAAAACUAAUCGUACGGUAAAAAUAUUAGUAGAAAAUAAUCCGUUAAAUUGUGAUUGUGACGUAUAUCAUUUUCUUCGUUAUAACGAAAGUGAAAUGCAUAACAUCCAAAGCUAUUUUCAAAUGGAAUUAGACAAUUUAAUUUGUCAUAGACCAAAAAAAUUGGAAAAAUUACGGAUAAAAGACUUGAUAUCUGAUUCUAAGCAAUAUCUGAAAAAGUUUACCUGCAGGAUAGAAAACACAGAUUCCAUUACAGUAUGCUCCGAUAGGUGCGAUUGCUUUAUGAGGCCAGGGGAUAAAACUUUCAUAUAUGACUGUUCUUAUAAAAACUUAACUAAUGUGCCGGAUGAUAUAAAGGAGCCUGAUAUUUCCUUGAUUUGGAGUUUAACAAAAUCGAUUGACGCAAUUUUGCAUUUACAUUUGAAUUUCUCCCAUAAUCGGUUAACGCAAAUGCCAGACUUGAAGAAAUUAGAACUCAAAUCAUUUGAUGAACUUUCUUUAUCUCACAACAUUAUAUCUCAUAUUUCUUUAAGUGAGUUACCGACAACAUUGAAGGUUCUGGAACUACACAAUAAUAAAUUGUCAAAAAUACAUUCUGACGUGCUGCAGUUUUGGGAAAACUCUGCCAAUUUAAUGCAUUUGACGUUACAUGAAAAUCCGUGGAAAUGCGACUGUGAAGCUAGAGAUUUUUAUAAUUUUGUUUAUUCAAAAUCUGAAAUAAUCAACAUGUCUAAAAUAAUAUGUCACAGAAAGAGUAUAUCCAUAUCAAAAAUGAUCUGGGACGAUUUUUGUCCAUCUAACAUAACAGUGAUUAUCAGCAUGAGUGCAGUAAUUGCUCUUAUUGGUUUAAUUAUUGGUUUAAUUUUUGGUUUGUAUUUCAAAUACCAAACACAUAUUAAAGUAUGGCUAUAUGCGCAUCAUUGGUGUUUAUCCUUUGUAACGGAAGAGGAAUUGGAUAAAGACAAAUUGUACGACGCAUUUGUGAGUUUCUCGCACAAGGAUCACGAAUUGAUAGUGGACGAGUUGAUAUCGAAGCUAGAGAGUGGCCCGACACCGUUCAAAUUGUGUCUUCAUUAUCGAGAUUGGUUAGCAGGCGAAUGGAUACCGGAUAAUAUUGCUAGAUCUGUGGAGAAUUCUAGACGAACGAUAGUUGUACUGUCGCCAAAUUUUUUGGAAAGCAUCUGGGGAAGAAUGGAAUUUCGGGCUGCUCAUCGUCAAGCGUUAAACGAAGGUCGGACGCGAGUGAUACUGAUUUUGUAUGGUGACAUCGGGCCUACAGAUAAUUUGGAUCCUGAACUGAAAGCGUACAUAUCUAUGAACACGUACAUUCAAUGGGGAGAUCCUUGGUUUUGGAAUAAAUUAAGAUACGCGCUGCCGCAUCAAUCCAGACGACCUAAAAAUAAUCCCGCUCUUCGGGAAGUUUUCGAGAAUUGUGAAUUACAAACAUAUUAA